UUUUACUCUGCAACAUCGUCUCUCUCAGUUUCACAUCACAUAGCUACCAAGUUUCGAAGCUUUUCUUUGUUCGUAUCAGGAGAGAUCCAGUCAUGGCGGGUGCAGUAGCAAGAUUCGUGAAAAAACUUGAUGUUUGGGAUCGAUUGAAGUUGAUAUCAUUACCAGUCAUGGGUUGCGUAUUACUACUACAGAAAAGGCAACUCGAUCGUGUGAGAGAGCAGCGUAAGCUUUUGAUUGAUGACUACGUUGCUAAAGGAACCAUCAGAUUCAUGGAGGAGACAAAGAGUGAUUGAUCGAUCCGUCGCUGAUUUGAAAUGAAUAAUAAUAAUUGCUGAUGAUAGCCCCAUGUCUGUGACUGUGAAUUUGCUGCUGUUUUAGCUUUUCUUUCUUUUUUUUGCCAAAGGGUUUCUAUGAACAGGAAAACUAAAUAACUCUUUGUAUAUGACAUAUGCUUCAAAGAGUUCUAAUCUCUCGUUAUAUAUCUC